AUAGGAUUUAUUUUCUUGACAUUGCCCUUUCGAAGGUCCAAUACGCUUUCUGAUCUACUGGACUUGUUAAAAUGGCUAGUGGUGCAGCGAAAAGAGUUUCCUCAUCGGUAGUGGAUUGGGCUCGUUUUGCAGCUGUUAUACCAAAAGCCCAGAUUGAAACAGUUAGAGUUGUCAAAGCUAAGCACGACUCUUUCAUAAAUAAGGUUUAUGCCUUGCCGGAAAGUUUGCCUAAAAUUGAUUUCAAUGCAUACAAGUCAAGGUUGCCUGAUCCUACUAUGGCUGAUAGAUUUCAAACUGCAUAUCAAGCAUUGAAUAUCCCAUACCCUGUUGAUAAGGAAAAUGUCAUGAAGAAAGUUGAGGAGGAAAAUGACAAGUUGGUGAAGCAAGCAAAAGCAUUGGUGGAAAAAUGUGAGAAAGAGAUAGCAGGAAGCAGACAAUUUCUUCAAAAGUUGGAUACACUACCAAAGUAUGAAGAGAUGAGCGUGGAGGUGUACAACUACUACUUCCCAGAGACAGCCCAUAACUUUGACCCAUCCUACGCCAGGCCAUUGCUGGAACAAGAUGAAAGGGAGUUACCUCUAAAGGCUUGAACUCUGCCAGCAGGUCUUGUGGUAUAGAUUAAAUACAAAAGUUUUCUUUCAUGGCUAACUGUGUCCUCUAGAAUAAUAAAGUUGUUUAUUCUUGGUG